AUGAUCGAGGGCGAGAUUCUAGAGCUGACGGAGGAGAACGUGGAGCAGGUCCUGGACGACGUGCGGCCGUACCUCAUGGCGGACGGAGGCAACGUCGAGCUCGUCGAGAUCGACGGCCUCGUCGUCAAGCUGCAGCUGCAGGGCGCGUGCGGGUCCUGUCCCUCGUCCACCACCACGAUGCAAAUGGGCAUCGAGCGACGACUCAAGGAGGUCAUCCCGGAGAUCAUGGAGGUCGUCCAGAUCGAGCCCGAGGUGUCCGGGAUGGAGCUGACCGAGGAGAACGUCGAGACGGUCCUCGACGAGAUCCGGCCGUACCUGGUGGGUACGGGCGGCGGCGAACUGCACCUGGACGGCCUGGACGGCCCGAUCGCCAAGGUCCGCAUCACGGGCCCCGCGGCCGAGGUCAUGACCGUCCGCGUCGCCGUCACGCAGAAGCUCCGCGAGCGCAUUCCCAGCAUCGCGGCCGUGCAGUUGCUCUAG